AUGGGCCCGGCCACAGCGACAGUUUCCGGCAUAGAAGGCUGUAGCCCACCGGAGUCCUGCGGCUGGACCUUGGCAUUGGUGGAAGCUCGAAUCCCGUCGCGCAUCGUCGCCUUUUUGGAGACGGAGCUCCUGCCAGAUGGUGGCCGGCUGACUUUGAGCACAAGCGAUUUCCGUGGGCAAGACCUUGUGAAGGGCCAACGAUAUGAAUAUGCCCUUAUACAGACGAGCGACCCAGAUGCUUUGGCAGCUCUCAAGCUGGCAGCGCCUGCAGAUAUUGAUGUAGCGGAGAGCCUGGGUGCGAAAGUUGCAAAGUCUGAUCUGUUUGUUGCCGAUGCGCCACCAAUGGACGGCAUCGUGACCAUGACGCCGCAGUCUGGCCUCGCCGUCACCACUGCAUUUUCAGGAACAACAAGUUGGGUGGAUGAGGCGUUGGAGCAGAACACAUUCGCCUUCUACAUAUUCCCGUCCGAGCAGAAUGACACAAUCUUCUCUGAUGGUUCUGGAGGCAUCACAGUCAAUGGAACAUUCGCACAUCCAUCAGUGGAUUUCACGGACACUUCCAGCCCAAACUAUUGGACCAAGCUGGGCGGAACUUUCUUGAGGAACGUGUCGGCGAACGCUAGCCGAUGGGAAGUUUCUGUGGCCGCAGGUACUUACUUCACUGCAGCCGUUGCCAGAGACCCUUUAGGAGCAAUCGCGGUCGCCUAUGCGCCUGGCCCGGUGGUGGAAGUUCCGGCAGGUGGCCUCAGUGCGGAAGAAGCAAGUGCGGCGCUAGAUGCGGCAAUGGAAAGUGCAGAUCCGGCAGUGAUCUUGGGCAUGCUGGACUCUCUGAACUCAGUUCCAGUGGCAUCCAAUGACACAGCCGGUCAGGCAGCAGCCACCGCAAAGAAGUUCGAGGCGCUGAAAGCCGCAUCUGACGUUGUGGAGACAGACGCAGGAAGCCUGCAGAAGUUUGGCAGCGUGGUGACCGAAGUCCUAAAGGCGGCGGCGACCAAUGGCAGUGCGACUGCGGAUGCUUCAUCAGCUGAUCAAGCGUCAGAUGCUCUUACCAACGUGCUGGAAGCAGCACUGGGUUCGGCAGGUGUGGACGUGGCUGCCGGCAACGCGUUGCUGAGCUCUAUAUCCGCUGUUGGGGACAGCUACGCUGCUGUGCAGACAGGGCAAGCAGAAGCUGCGGCGGCCAGCCGCGCUGCAAAGCUUGAAGUCAUGACCUCGCAACUCGGUAGCGCGGCCCUGGCGACGACACCGGUGGGCGGCUCAACUACGCUGAGCUCCGUGGACGACACGGGCAAGGGCUUGGAAAUAAACGUUCAGAAGGAGGACAUCGGCACGGCUUUGAAUAACGGAAUUACUGGCAAUGGCUUGCAGAUACCUGGUGCCUCUUUGGGCUCCCUUGCUGGACGACGUCUCCAAAGUAGCGGAUGCAGUACGCUGGCGGUCCAGCAGACUGACUGGGUGCAAAGCAACCCAUUCGGGUAUUUGAAUUCCAGCAUCGGUAUCAAUCGCUACGUUCCAACGGCUGCAACGGUCAAAGUGUUGGAGCUCAAGCAAUGCGAUACCCUCGUGACGGUGCCAAAUCUGGCUGAACCCAUCGCCAUGACUUUAGCCUUGCCUGCACUUCCAGAGCUGGCGCCGGAGGGCUAUGUAUUCGAGCCAGUUUGUGUGCAGCUGGAUCCGCUGGGCCAGGCGAUGCAUAGAGAGCAAGGAUGGUCCACAAGUGUCACGUCCUGGUUCCUCCCUACCAGCUACACAGCUACCACAGUUGAUUGCGUUGCCACAACAUUGGGCGGUGCAUAUGCUGGCAUCUACUUGCCUGUGCCACUGGCAACGACGACCUCAAGCUCGACGCGUACGGCCUCUGUCACCUCAUCCAUGACUUCGACCACCACCACAACAACCUUUGUGGCUUCAGAUGUGGGGAUGAUGGUCGGAACCUCGGUCGCUUCCAUCGCCUUCGUCAUCGUCGUUGGCCUAUGUGUUUGGCAGGCACAUGCAGGAAACGUGAACCUGAAGGUGAAUAUCGAUGCAAAGGCCUCCUGCAAAUGGAUGACCGAGUCUGUCAAGACAGCCAAAUUGGGGGUGCGGGCCUUUGAGCCACGCAGAGAGCCCAGACCGGCAUGGGAAGGUGAGCCGUCUCCGCAAGUUGAGGAGGUGAAGCCUGGUCCUCACACCCAGCGUGAUGCUCAAGAGCACUUCUGGGAUUGGGCACGGGAUGUGGCCCAGUCUGCUUCUCAGCCGGAGUUGCCUCGCGGUACCUCCUUUGGAUUCGGCCAGUCUGUGGCAAGUACUCCUCCAAGCAUGCCGAGGCCACAUAUCCCAGUAGCCAGACAACCUGACGAUAAGGAGGAGUACUUUCAAAGCUUUGCUCAGGAACUCAAUGACAUUAUUGGGUCCGGCAUGCCAAACAUGAUCGCCGACACACCUGCCAUGCCCAAGACACCACCCCCGCCACCUCCAAAGCGCAAUGCGAUCCCGGACAUCGCUCCGCCGACGACAGCGUGGUCCCAAAGGCUCAGUCAGAGGUCAAUUACCACAGAAGCGACACCUUCGCUGCCGCCGCCGCCACCUGUGCUAGAAAAUGCUGAGCGCAUUGACGUGCGGGUGGACCAAGCCUUUUCUGAUUGGGCCAACGACUUCGCACUCUGCAUGCCUCCAAGCCCAACACAGGCCAAAGGCAUACCUCCGCCUCCCCCACCCCGCCGUGCACCGGCACAGAGCACCCUGCCUUUGCCCCCACCAAGACCUCCGAGCAUAGCCAGCGGGAGCAGUGGCAGACUAAGUCAACAGCCCUUACCCACCUUGCCCCCAUCCUCAUCUGCCCGUGAGUUCGAUCCACAUGAGUGGAACCAACUCUCCCAUCGUCCAAGCUUUGCGCUCGUUCAAGCAGCUCCCAAGUCGAUGAGCCCGCCACAACCCCCACCACCGCCAAGGCCGCCAAGAACUGAUGGAGACCAGCCAAGGCAGCCCGUCGUGCCACCCGCACCGGCUGAGCAUCGGAUCCCCUUGGCACCACCACCGCUUUCAGGCGUACCGACGCAGGCACCCCUGCCACCUCCCCGGCCGAACGGUGUCCUGGACAAGCCAGUGACUCCACCAGUGAUGACACGCGGCGACCGUCCAGGCGUGCCGCUCGUCCCACCAUCGGUGAGCACACUGAGGCCGGGAUCCCAGUUGGCGAUGCCACUCCCCAAGCAACAGCCGCUCCAACCUCCAGGAGUGCCUGAAGGUGCAGAGUAUGACGUCAUUGAUGGGCCAGACGGGAGAAGCUCACCGCAUAGUGAGGAGAGCGCCCCAACUCCUCGAUGA